AUGGGAAAAAGAAGAAGACGUCGUUCGGACGAUAUCAGACGAAAAAUAAAACGGCUUAAACGUAGCCUAGACCGCCGCCAUCAAUAUAGUGAAGACGAAGUAUCCGAAUACGACUCUGCGGAAGAAACGUAUCCUUCUGACUACGAAGCAGUAUCAGAAGCCUCGGCAUCGGACUAUUCCAACACAGAAGAGCUCAAGUCAGUAAUAGUACCGGUAGAAACACUUGAUCCGAAUUCGGCCCCGGCUUUACCGACCGAGUCACCCCCCACCUCGGGCUCCGCCGCGGACCCGAGCACCUCAAUCCCGGAGGCGCCGCCGGUAACGCUGCCAGAUAAUAUUUUGGAAGCUCUGGGUGGAACAAAAGAGAAAGAGGAGAAAUUUGGCCCGAACGUCCCAGAUGAGAUCGCUAAACGUUGGGGUCGGAUAACAGUUGAGGGUUUAGGUAAAGAGGAAAAGGAGGAACUUACAGAAAAGUUUUUAGUUCCCGAAAAUUUCAAGCUACUCAAGGCUCCUAAACUGAACGCUGAAAUCGCAACUGUGAUGUCUGAGUCUUCUAGACAAAGAGACAAAAGGAUGGAAAAGUCCCAAAACCAGUUAGGACUGGCUAUUGCAGGUUUAUCCAAGCUAACAGGUUCCUUAAUCUCAGAAAACUUAGAUAAACUGGCUAUCAUAAAACAGAUCGCCGAUGUUAGCCAAUUGUUAGCCGAUCUUCAUUCUGAGAAUACCAAUAGCAGAAGGAAAAUUAUCUUACCCAGUUUGGAUAAAAAAUUUACAAGUAUGAUGCAGGACGUGAAAAGAGAUUCGUAUUUGUUCGGGGAAAAUCUCGGAGAAAAAAUCAAAGCUUCGAAGUCAGCAGAGAAGUCAGGACUUCAAAUUAAAAGAUCCUAUACCUCCAAUCCCCCUCCUACGUCGAAGAAAUAUACCCCGCGCCAGGGAAACUGGAGGGCCCCACCCAGGCAACAGGGUUCGCGAGCAAACAAGCCGGGUGGGUACCGCGACCGCGACCGGACUCGUGCUCCUCAGCAUCCUCGGCGGACGACCUCGGACAAGUACCAACAAUCAUCGUACAAGAGAGACAACCGGCAGCAACGCAAACAUCAUUAGAGAGAAGAUGCCAUAG